AUGGCCACCACCACCACCACCACAUUGGAAACCAUUCGUCCUCAGGAUAUGACAUGUUGGUCGCAAGCCACCCCUCCGCGCUCCAAUGGAAACACCACAUACCUAGAAGACAAGGUUCUGACUGCACCUCUGGAUUAUUUGCGAGAGUCGCCCGGAAAAGAUAUCCGUGGCGGCUUAACGAACGCAUUCAACCAGUUCCUUUGCGUCCCAGAGGAAAAGGUCACUGUGAUAAAACGCAUCAUUGAUCUACUCCACAACGCCUCUCUGCUCAUUGACGAUAUUCAGGACUCGUCCAAACUACGACGGGGCGUCCCCGUUGCCCACAGCAUCUUUGGCAUUGCGCAGACCAUAAACUCCGCCAACCUAGCCUACUUCAUGGCCCAAAAAGAGUUGGACCAGCUCACGAACCCGCGCGCAUAUGCCAUCUUCACCGAGGAGCUAGUCAACCUACACCGCGGCCAAGGCAUGGAGCUUCACUGGCGAGACUCGCUACACUGCCCAACCGAGCAAGAGUACAUGCGCAUGAUUCAAAACAAAACCGGGGGCCUGUUCCGCCUCGCGAUCCGGCUGAUGCAGGGUGAAAGCUCCAGCAAACGCGACUUCGUCCCGCUGGUAGAGACUCUCGGAGCCCUGUUUCAGAUUCGGGACGACUAUCAAAACUUGCAAAGUGACGUGUAUUCAAAGAAUAAGGGCUACUGCGAGGACAUAUCUGAAGGCAAAUUCUCGUAUCCCAUUAUUCAUAGUAUUCGAUCGCGCCCGGGGGAUCUGCGACUGCUGAAUAUUUUGAAGCAGCGCAGUGAGGAUCCCAUGGUGAAGGAGUACGCGGUUGGAUAUAUAGAGUCUACGGGAAGUUUUGUCUACUCGCGACAAAAGAUUGAGUCUUUGCUUCAGCAGGCCAAGGCGCAGUUGGCGGAUUUGGAAAAUGGUACAAACCGUGGAGAGAAGAUGCGGGCAAUUCUCAAGAUGUUGGAGUUGAAAUAA